UUUAAAGCAAAUAAAUAAAUGAAAACGGCCCUCUCCGUCGCGGGAAGUCAUUGUAUUAAAUGAUUUCACUUCUCCGGUGGCGAUCCUGAGAUAGGGUUCUCCAUUUUCUUCUUCACUUUUCUCGAAUUUUCUUUGUACUACAAUACAAUGGCCGAUACUGCUAAAUCAAUUCUCGAAGAGGAGACUUCUAAGUUCGAACCCAAGUCCAAGCGCGGCGCUGAUGUCGAAGAUGCUGAUGUUACUUUGAAGAAGUUUAAAACUGAAGCUGCUGCCGAUAAAACUGGCGCUAGGAACUUGGAAGCUGUUAAUGGUGAUGAGGAACUUAAGGUCAUCAAGAGGGAAGUCGAGUUUGUGAUUGAAGCGGAUGCUGCGGAGGAUAAAGGGUCUAGGCAUACAAUGGAAGAUGCCUGGGUUUUGCUCUUGGAUGCAAGCUUGGAUUUUCCUGGGAAAUUGAGAUGUGCACAUUUUGCUAUCUACGAUGGACAUGGGGGUCGGUUAGCUGCCGAGCACGCUCAAAAGCAUUUGCAUAAGAACGUUCUCUCAUCAGGGUUACCACGUGAGUUGUUGGAUGUAAAAGCAACAAAAAAGGCAAUACUUGAUGGGUUUCGGAAAACAGAUGAGUCUCUUCUUCAAGAAAGUUCUGCAGGGGGAUGGCAGGAUGGUGCUACUGCUGUUUGUGUUUGGGUCUUAGGUCAAACAGUUUUUGUUGCUAAUGUUGGUGAUGCUAAAGCAGUUGUAGCCCGAUCUUUGACUACUGAUAAAUCAACAAAUAACUCUAAUGGUGGAAGCUCUUUAAAGGCUAUUGUUUUGACAAGGGAACAUAAGGCAAUCUACCCACAGGAGAGAGCUCGCAUACAAAAGGCUGGUGGUGUUGUUGGUUCAAAUGGUCGCUUGCAGGGUCGUCUUGAAGUUUCUCGGGCAUUUGGAGAUCGCCAAUUUAAAAAGUUGGGUGUUAUCGCAACUCCGGACAUUCAUUCUUUUGAAUUGACUGAUAGGGAACAUUUUAUCAUUCUCGGAUGUGAUGGACUUUGGGGGGUUUUUGGACCAAGUGAUGCAGUCGAUUUUGUGCAAAAAUUAUUGAAGAUAUCCUUGUUGAACAGGAUGGUUUGUCCGUAGCAUCAAUAAGUCGACGUCUUGUGAGGGAAGCAAUCCGUGAGCGACGCUGUAAAGAUAACUGUACUGCAAUUGUCAUUGUGUUCAGGCCCAAAUGAUAAGGCAAAGGAAUAAUUCCAAGUCUGAGAUUUCUGUUUGACUAGUGCUGUAUAAGCGAGCUCUCAAGAUGCCAACUUUUUUGUACAAGUGGACUGCUUAGCGAGUUUGUGGAAUUCCCAAGAGUUAGAGGUAUGAAGUAUUUGGAACUGAUGUGGAAACAGUGACACACCAGUGUAUAAAUUUAUGUGCAACUUCAGUUUCAAGAUUUUGUAAGAUACUGAUGUUAUUACCUUCCAACAAUAUUGUGCAAGUAAAGAUUUCCUUAGUUGUUUGUA